AUGGAGGACGUUGACACAAGAGUCGAGAGUAGCGCGGAAGACGCGGUAGAAGAGUCGCAACAGCGCGGCGGUACGCCUCAGCAAUCGGAUUCUGUGGCGAGAGAUGAGAGCAUUGUCGUGUUGCGCAAACGGAAGGCGCAAGCAAAGGGACACUUCACCAAUGCAAGGAGGGCGCUGUUGGUAGGUGCACACAAUGGGCAGAUUGAGGACGUAGAAGCGGAACAGUCGCGUCUACAAGGCUGCAUGGAGGAGGUUGCGGCAGUCAUCGACGAAUUAUUGAACAUCACCAGCGAUGUCAAGGAGAAGUUACUGCUGAUAGCAGAACUGGAAACGCUACAAUCCGAGUACAGUGCCGCAGUUGAGGAUCUGCCUGUGCCUUCCUACGGGACCGGAGGCGAUCAGGAAGUCACUCAGGCGCAACAAGGAAGUGAUGCAGUAUCCAGCCAGCGAGGAUUUACUGAGAGUGGUAGAUCUACUCGUAGUCGUAGAGGUCACACACGGACCUGGCCCUGGGACUCGGCCAGUGCAACUAGUCCUAGAUACGCGCCGGAAUCUAGUACUGUCGGAGGACUCGCGAUGGGCGCUCUAGGUGAUUGGCAGCAGAGCGCUGAACCUGAGGCUGAGGAGGCCAGCUUUCUCAGCGGUAUCGGAGGCUUCGGAGCCUUUGGCGGAGUGCGAGGAAGACAGAUGCCCAUGGCCUCGUGGCCUGGGUACAGAUAUCGGGAGAGACCACUAGCUGCGUUACAGGAAGAAGAUCCAUGGAUGCGUCAGUCAUUCGCAGCGCACUCGGACUCCCCCGACUCGGAGACUCGAGACACGCGCGCCGAGUCACUUGGCCAACACCAGGGUUUCGCCAGCUACAGCCAAGGAGCAACGGACAUCGCGAGCCAAACAUCACUGCUAGCUUCGAAGGCUAGCGGAGCUGCAUCAGCAGCGUCAGUGCCCUCAACCAUGUCAACGGUGAGUGCAAACAUAGUCAAUAGUUCGACAACCACGGUACUCGCUUCCGGAAGAUCGCCAUCGAUCACAGCCACUAGCAUCAGUGCUAGAGCGCCUACGCUGACCACAGCCAGCGCGCCAGCGUCAGUUCCGAACCUUCCAAGUAGUAGUAGUAGUCGAACGAGCGUACCCGCGGCUGCGUCUUGGACAGGCCACAGCCUACGUGCGCCGGUGUCAGCAGUCAGUGCCAGUACUACUACUAGUCAACCCUAUGCAGGUAGCGCUCCAGUCCUACAGCCUGCAGCGUCUCGUUCGCAGUUUGGAGGCCAUCAGCACUUUCAGGCUGCCAUGCCCAGGGCAAGACCACCGCCACCAGCGUUUGCUCCACCGCCUGGACAUGAGCCAUGGACGCAGAUGAAGAGAGUAUGGAUAGAAACUUUCACAGGAGACAAGAGGAGGUAUGAAGAGUGGAAGGCGUCCUUCAUUGCCUGUGUUGAUUCGUCACUGGCUACUCCAGAGUACAAGUUCCUCCAGAUGAAGCAGUUUCUGGGCGGGGACGCGUUGCAAGCCGUCGCCAAUCUAGGCUACACGCAGAGAGGCUAUGAUACAGCCAAGGCACGGCUAGAGAAGAAGUUCGGCGGCAAGCGCCGUCAAGUCGCAAUGUAUGUGGAGGAGCUGGCUCGGUUUACCGGCAUCUCCGGAGACGACCCCAGGGAGCUUGAACGCUUCGCAGAUUUACUGGAAGUCGCUACAGUGAAUCUGCAAGAUGCUGGUCAUUUCACUGAGCUUCAGGCCGGAACAUUCUACAUGAACCUGCUACGGAAGCUGUCUGAGAAGCUCGUCGCCCAAUAUCAGCGGUGGCUAUUUGAGCAACGGAAGCAAGAGUCGGUUCUCGCUCUGCUAGAGUGGGCUACCCAAGAGGCGGAGUUCCUCGUAACGGCAACCGAGACAGUACGAGGGAUGACGCGGUCCCGGCAACCCAGAUGGAGCAAGCCGACCACGAAUGCCAGCGGCAACAGUGAAAAGGCCCGAACCUAUGCCAGUUUCAGCACCAGCUCAACCCCGCAGAAACCGCAGAAGUCGCCGAAGUGCCCCACUUGCGAAGGAGAGCACGGUAUCUGGCGGUGCAAGGCAUUCCUGGAGAUGGACAACGUACAGAGAUGGACUGAGGCCCGGCGAGCAAAUCUCUGCUAUCGCUGCUUGGCAUUUGGACACCGAGGUGGUGAAUGCAAGCGUGGUUGGACAUGUGGAGUAAACGGCUGCCAGGAUAAUCAUCAUCGUCUCCUCCACGCUACGAAGGGUGGUGCGCAGAAAGGCACGCCGUCUAGUGGCCAAGCCAAGGAUACACCCAGUGAUGCCGAGAGUAAGAACCGGAGAGGCGAAGUAGAUGGUUCUUGUCACGCAGUGCAGGCUGUUACUGAGGGGGAGCUAACAGCUGGAGCGACAAUGGCAGCUCACUCGUAUAGCAAGGUGGCACUACGGAUUGUGCCAGUGAUGCUACGCAACGGCCCACAGGAAGUCACGGUGAAUGCCUUACUGGACGAUGCUAGUACAACCAGCUACAUCAACGCAGCCGUGGCUGGCCAGCUCGGUAUCAGUGGAACUUUGCGACGGUCGACAGUCAGUACAUUGAAUGGGAAGGUGGAGACCUUCAUGACAGCACCGGUCAGCUUUACCAUCGCUAGUAUGGAUAACUCGUAUCAGCAAUCGGUGACAGCGUUCACCACAACGAACGUAACCGGAGACCUACAACCUGUGGACUGGUCGCAAGAGGCUGAGAAGUAUGGUCACCUCCGGGAUAUUCCCUUCCCGGCACUGCACAAGCCCAACGUCAUCGAACUGUUGAUUGGAAGCGACAAUGCAGAGCUAAUGAUGUCCCGUCCAGACAUUAGUGGCGCUCCCGGACAACCAAUAGCACGUCAAACACCGCUGGGAUGGACAUGCGUUGGCAAAGUACAUGCAGCGGACACAGACUCGCACCAAGAGGCCUUACACGGCCAGUCUUUCCUGUGUUACGGCGGCCCAUCUGUGACAUCACUUGAGGCAACGCUACAGCGUUUCUGGGAGGUAGAGCGCUAUGGCAUGAGUGAUGGGCUUCAGGAGCCUGGCAUACGAUCAGCCGAGGAUGAGAGCGCGCUCAAGACAGUGCAGCGGGCUAUACAGAUGGUGGAUGGACGAUACCAGGUUAGCAUACCAUGGAACAGCAGGAAAGUCGAGCUCACGAAUAACAUUGUGAUGGCCAGGAAACGGCUGACAAGCACAGAACGCCGCCUGCAAAAAGAUAGCACAGUUGCAGUGGCCUACCGAGAUGUGCUGAAGAGCUACGAGGACAAAGGCUACAUCCGGGAGCUUGGUGCAGCAGAAACGGAACAAGAUCAGUGCUGGUAUCUGCCACACUUUGCAAUCGUAAGGCCACAGAAGACCACAACAAAAGUUCGCAUAGUAUUCGACGCAGCAGCUAACUACCGUGGACUGAGUCUGAAUGAUGCAAUCAACCCGGGGCCAAGGCUGCAACGAGACCUCUGUGACGUCCUGACAAGGUUUAGAAGAAAACCAGUUGCGAUCGGAUGCGACAUCUCUGAGAUGUACCUACAAGUGGCAUUAGCACCAGAAGACAAGCCGUAUCAUCGCUUUCUGUGGCGGGACAGGCCAGACGCUGAUGUGCAGCACUACGAGUUCAAUCGCCUCGUCUUCGGGAUCAAUGCAUCGCCGUUCCUAGCUCAAUAUGUGGCGCAGCAAACAGCGCGAGAGCAUGCAGUUACGCACCCUCUGGCAGCGGAUGCAAUCCUGGCAUCGACAUACAUGGACGACACCAUGGAUAGUGUUGACUGUGAGGAAGACGGGCGUAAGCUGUAUCGAGAGCUCCGUGAGCUCUGGGGUAUGGCAAAGAUGCGGCCUCGGAAGUGGAUUUCGAACUCCGCAACUGUCCUGGCCGAUAUUCCAACCGAAGAUCGCGCCUCGCAGAUCGAAUUGUCGUCAACAGAACUGCCAGCAGUGAAAACCCUGGGAGUGGCAUGGAAGGCAGCCGAAGAUCACUUCACGUUUCACUACACAGCACCGGAGUUCCCAGAUGGAAUGACGAAGAGAGCCCUACUGCGGAAGAUAGCCACAGUCUUCGACCCAUUGGGCUUCAUCUCGCCGUUCAUCAUUCGAGCCAAGACGCUACUGCAAGACUGCUGGAUUGCAGGCACAGACUGGGACGAGCCGGCUCCGUCGGAGAUAGCAGAGAGCGCACAGCAGUGGUUUUCAGAACUGUGCCAUCUCGACGAGAUCAAGGUGCAACGGUGCCUAGCUGCUUCUACAGACAGUAAGAUUCAGCUGCAUAUCUUCUGUGAUGCAUCGAGUACAGCCUAUGGUGCAGUCAUCUAUGCUCGCACCACACGUCAUGACGGGACGUCGGCGUGCCGCUUCAUCAUGUCAAAGAGCCGUGUAGCACCAACGAAAGCGGUCAGCAUUCCACGUCUAGAGUUAAUGGCUGCCAUGGUGGGACUCCGAGCAGCCUUGACGACGACCCGUGUCUUGCAGUUGGACAUCAGCACAGCAAUCUUCUGGAGCGACAGUUGCACCGUGCUUCAGUGGAUCCGGAGCUACAGCCGGCGAUUCAAGCCAUUUGUGGCCAACCGAGUCGGCACCAUUCAAGAAAGUACAGCUCCAAGACAGUGGCGUUAUGUGCCGUCGAAGUCGAACCCAGCUGACAUUCUGUCUCGUGGCAUGAGUGUUGAGAAGUUAGCACAUGCUAGCCUAUGGUGGGAAGGGCCGGCGUUUCUGACCAGGGAAGAAGAUUGGCCAGAGAUGCCAGUUAACGAGCAAUGCAGCCCAGCGGUGGAUGAGAUCCGAAAAGCCACGCAGGAGAGCUCGUUUAUCACGGUACAUCAGCCAGCAGUGCAGCCAUUCCGUUUCUCUAGUUGGACGAAGCUUGUUCGAGUGCAAGCUUGGGUCAGCCGCUUCAUCAACAACUGCCGCAAGGAAGGUCGUUUGGCUGGUGAACUGACAGCUGACGAGAUUGCAGACGCCGAGAAGUUCAUCACCCAUGUAGCUCAGAGCGAAGCAUAUGGGCCCGACAUCAAGCUGUUACGUGACCGAAAGCAACUGCCGAGUAGCUCGAGGCUUGCCAAGCUGAGCCCGAGACUCGAUGCUGACGGUUUAGUACGAUGUGAUGGCCGAACCGGACUAGCUGAUUGGAUUCCGUACGACACACGGUUCCCGGUCAUCCUGCCGAGGCGGCAUCCAGUGACAGGUCUCAUUGUGAAGCACUUUCACGAGCAGCGUCAGCACGGCGGUACCAACGAAACCUUGGCGGAAUUGUCGCAAGGAUACCUGGUGGAAGCAGCCCGAGAGGAGAUCCGAGAGUGGGAGAAGAAAUGCAUGGUGUGCCGUAGACACAAGGCUAGUCCAGCAGAGCAACAGAUGGCACCAUUGCCAGCAAUUCGACUCAGCACGCCGCUGAGGGCCUUUGCCAGAGUUUCAGUGGACUACGGAGGCCCAUUUGAGACCGUCCAAGGUCGGGGCAAGCAGCGACGCAAGCGGUAUGUGUGUCUGUUUACUUGUCUACUCUCACGAGCUGUUCACCUCGAAAUGGCGUAUGCCUUAGAUGCUAAUUCGUUUCUGAACGCCUUCAGCCGUAUGGUCAAUCGUAGAGGACGGCCAUUUGAGGUCAUCUCGGACAAUGGCGGCAACUUUGUCAGUGCAGAUUGGCAGCUGAGAGAAGAUGUGUACAACGACAAGGUGAAGAAGACCAUGGCCAGUCAGCGGAUAAAGUGGACCUUCAACCCACCGCUAGCACCGCAUUUCGGCGGAGUUCAGGAGAUUAUGAUCAAGGCGGCCAAGAAGGCUCUUCGACGUAUCCUCGGAGAUGCUCAAGUGACCGAUGAAGAGCUUGUCACUGCACUAUCCGGGGCUGAAGCUCUUCUCAACUCGAGGCCAUUGACAUAUCAGUCAGCCAAUCCCUCUGAUCCUGGCCCGCUGACUCCCAACCACUUCCUCCAUGGACGAUCUGAAGGACAGCUUGUUUCGGCCGCACAAAAUGACGAUGGGAGAUCAGUACAACGACGAUGGCGGCAUGUGCAGAUGCUAGUGGAGCACUUUUGGAGAAGAUGGCUGCGAGAAUGGGUCCCGACGCUCAACCAACGGAAGAAAUGGCUGAACGUGCGCCGAGAUCUGGCGGUAGGGGACGUUGUCCUGCUGAUUGACCCAGCAACACCUAGAGGUCAGUGGCGUCUCGCAAGGAUAAUCGAAGUUUACCCAGGUCCAGACGGCCAUGUGCGAGUUGCGAAGCUGCAAGCCGGUAAUCAGCAAUACAAACGGCCUAUCUCCCGUGUGUGCCCACUGGAAUGCUGA